AUUGCUUGAUUUUUGUUUUGUUAUUUCCGGAAUUUUUGAAAAUUUGUGUGCAACAUUUAUUUAAUCUAUUGUGAUAUUUACAAUUGUUCGAGCUUAAAAAUAAUUUUUUUCGGAAUGAGCCAAAACGAUUGUAACAACAGUAACCAGGAUCAAUAUCAACAACAAAAACAACCAUCAUCGAAAAUGAAUAAAUCGACAAACGUUUUCUAUCAAAAUCAUCGUGUAUCCAGAGAUAAACGAGCCGAAUCAUUAUCGAAUGGACGACAAUUUCGUGGCUGUACCGUUUGGUUUACAGGACUGUCAUGUGCUGGAAAAACAUCAAUUUCAUUUGCCGUAGAAGAAUUUCUCACCCGUCAUCAGAUCCAUGCAUAUGCAUUGGAUGGUGAUAAUAUUCGUUAUGGAUUGAAUUCAGAUCUAGGAUUUUCUGAACAAGAUCGUAGUGAAAAUAUUCGUCGUAUUGCUGAAGUAGCACGUUUAUUUGCCGAUAGCGGUACGAUUACAUUAGCUAGUUUUAUUAGUCCAUUUAGUAAAGAUCGUGAAAAGGCUCGUGAAAUUCAUGAAAAAGAUUCUCUAGCGUUUAUCGAAUGUUUUGUCGAUACACCAUUAGAGGUUUGUGAACGAAGAGAUAUAAAAGGUCUUUAUAAGAAAGCACGUGCUGGUCAAAUUCAAGGAUUCACUGGCAUUAAUCAGGAUUAUGAACGUCCUAAAAAUCCGGAUCUUAUACUAAAAGCUAGUGAAGAUACAAUCGAACAAUGUGUUUUAAAAGUGAUUGAUCUUCUCAUUAAAAGAAACAUCAUAUCAUUGGACAAAAUUCAAGAAAUUCAUGAAUUGUUCAUCAACGAAGAUGACAAACCAAAUGAAUUACGUCGAGCUUCACAUUUACCAUCGAUAAACAUAUCAACCGUUGAUCUUCAAUGGAUACAGGUCUUAUCAGAAGGUUGGGCUACACCAUUAAAGGGUUUUAUGCGUGAAACUGAAUAUCUACAGUGCCUUAAUUUCGGAAUGCUUAUGAAUGGUAAAUGGCAUAAUCAAACAAUUCCCAUCACAUUGGCAAUCACUAAUGAACAGAAAUCUUAUUUGGCUUCGAUUCAAAAUGGUGGUGAUGAUAAUGAUAGUAAUCAUUACAAUGGCUUUGACAAUCCUGAACAAGUUGAUGCUAUUAAGAAAAGUGUAGUAUUGAAGUAUAAUGAUAAGAUCAUUGCCAUUUUGGAUGAUUAUGAAAUCUUUGUACAUCGUAAAGAGGAAAGAGCUGCCUGUGUUUUUAAAACUACCAACAAUGGCCAUCCAUCUAUCCGUAUGAUUAUGGAUAGUGGUGAUUGGUUGAUAGGUGGCCAAUUAAAAGUUUUUGAUCGUAUCUUAUGGAAUGAUGGCCUUGAUCAAUAUCGAUUGACACCGCAAGAGAUUCGAUCAAAAUUAAAAGAAAUGAAUGCUGAUGCAGUUUUUGCUUUUCAGCUACGUAAUCCGAUUCAUAAUGGACAUGCAUUGUUGAUGCAAGACACUAAACGUCAGUUAUUGGAUCGUGGCUACAAGAAUCCAGUACUACUUCUACAUCCAUUAGGUGGUUGGACCAAAAAUGAUGAUGUUCCUUUACAUAUUCGAAUUAAGCAACAUCAGGCUGUGAUAAAGGAAGGCGUUCUUGAUGAACAAUCAACAUUGAUGGCAAUAUUUCCAUCACCCAUGUCUUAUGCUGGACCACGUGAAGUUCAAUGGCAUGCGAAAGCACGUUUAGUAACUGGAGCCAAUUUUUAUAUUGUUGGUCGUGAUCCGGCCGGUAUUCCACAUCCUGAUACACGUAAAGAUCUGUAUGAUCCAACACAUGGACGUAAAGUGCUCAAAAUGGCACCAGGUUUAACGAAAUUUGAAAUCAUACCAUUCCGUGUUGCUUCCUAUAAUAAGAAAGAAAAACGUAUGAUGUUUGAAACUGAAGAUUUGGAUUCACAAAAUUUUGAACGAAUAUCUGGAACAAAAAUGCGAAAUUUAGCUAAAAAUGGAGAAAAUCCACCCGAUGGUUUUAUGGCCAAAACAGCAUGGAAAGUUUUGUCCGAUUUUUAUCAAUCUUGUUAAUUAUUGGAUCAUACACACACACACACACACACGCACGCUAUUACAUUACCUAGUGAUUAUUAUUGAUUGAUUGUUUAUUUAUCUGUUAUUCACAUGGACAAUGCCUUUUUCUGUUUUUUUAAAUAAAUUUUAAUUUUUUUUUCAAAUUUUUCAAACC